UCAAAUCAGUUUCUCUGUGAUUGGAAUCCCAGUCCACCAGACCUUGGAAAAAUAAAAUGAAGAAGUGUGAGCUGUGCGACUCUUUGGCAAAAAUGUACUGUGAAUCAGAUCAGGCAAACCUUUGCUGGGAUUGUGAUUCCAACGUUCAUGGUGCGAAUUUUCUUGUUGCUAAACAUUCAAGAGCGCUUCUUUGCCAUAUCUGUCAAUCCUUGACUCCCUGGACAGCCACCGGGCCCAAGCUCAGCCCUACUGUUUCUGUUUGCCAGAACUGUGUGAACAAUUCCACUUGUAGAGAAGAAAGGGGCAAUGGAGACGAUCAUAGUAGUGAUGGUGAUGAUCUUGAUAGGGAGGAUGACGAAAAUGGUGAUGGUAGCGAUGAAGAGGAGGAAGAAGUAGAAGAAGAAAAUCAAGUGGUUCCAUUGUCUUCUACAGCGCCGGCUUCGAGUUCUUCUAACAGUGAUCAAGAAUGCUCCAGUAUGAUGCGAAGUUGCUUCUCGAUCAAUAACAACUGCAUUUCAAUUGAAGCUAAUGAGAGAAAAAAAAAAUUGCAGAACAAGCCUCACAGGUUUCUUCAACCUCAAGGCCAUUGGAAUACAAGAAAAGAACCAAGCGAGAGUCUAACAAGGGAUUACAGAAACCUAAAAUCCCGAAGACGCCAAGAAGCUUGAAAUCUGCAAACUGAAACAAAGCAUCUGAAAAUGCCAAUGAUAUUUUUAGGAAACAAUUACUGCCAAGGUGAUUUUCUCUAUUAAUAAUAGCCAUUGUUACAGAACAAUUACUAAUUACGAGUAUUGAUUUGCCUUUGAGUUGCAAUGCAUAGAUUUUUCUGCUGAUUAUUUGGUGAAAUGGCGGAUUUGAAUUUUGGUUGAAAAUUUUUAUUAGAAAAAAUAAAGGCGAGUAGAAAUUGCAGGUAUUGUCAGUGUCAGAACAAUUGUACACUCCCAUUUAUUCCCCAGGUGGAUGUGGGACCGCAACUCUAGAAGGAAA